GUCUGUAGCGGAGCUGCUCCUCUCUGAGUUAACUUUUUCAUCCCGGUUCUGUCGCGGCGUCCAUGAGUAGGUGGGAGAGGAGGUCGGGGAGAGCAAAGGGGCUAAAAAGGCAGUCAUGGUAUGAGGUUAGUGUGAAAGCCGGAGCAUCUUCUUGCAGCAGAAGCCCGUUGAUAUUUAACCGUGCGGAGAAGAACAGGGAAAAGGUACAGAGAAGCCCGGAGAAGCGAGAGAAAAGCGGUGUACAAGAUGCAUCUGGCCGCGGUGCUGUGGGGCGCCCUGAUAACUUUGCUGCUCAACCAGUUUCAAGGAGUUCAGGGCAGUGCUGAGUGUUCAUGUGGGAAGAAUCACUUCACAUGUGCCGUCAGUGCAUUUGGGGAGUGCACCUGCAUCCCGGCCCAGUGGCAGUGUGACGGAGACAACGACUGUGGGGACCACAGCGAUGAAGACGGAUGCAUGCUCCCCACCUGCUCGCCACUGGACUUCCACUGCGACAACGGCAAAUGUAUUCGUCGCUCCUGGGUAUGUGACGGAGACAACGACUGUGAGGACGACUCUGAUGAACAGGACUGUCCUCCCCGGGAGUGUGAGGAGGACGAGUUUCACUGCCAGAAUGGCUACUGUAUUCGUAGCCUCUGGCACUGUGAUGGUGACAAUGAUUGCGGGGACAACAGUGAUGAACAGUGUGACAUGCGUAAAUGUUCAGACAAGGAGUUCCGCUGCACGGACGGCAGCUGCAUCGCUGAGCACUGGUACUGUGAUGGAGACACAGACUGUAAAGAUGGAUCAGAUGAGGAAAAUUGUCCUUCAGAUGUGAUGACAGCCACCUGCAGUGUGGAGGAGUUCCAGUGUGCAUACGGCCGCUGUAUUCUGGACAUCUACCACUGUGAUGGAGACGACGACUGUGGAGACUGGUCGGACGAGUCAGACUGUUCGUCUCAUCAGCCCUGCAGAUCAGUUGAAUUCAUGUGCAGCAGCGGGAUGUGCAUCAACGCCGGCUGGAGGUGUGACGGCGAGUUCGACUGUGACGAUCAGUCAGAUGAGAAGAAUUGCACCACAUCCAUGUGCACGGCUGACCAGUUCCGCUGUGGAACUGGACGCUGCGUCCGGUUGUCAUGGAGAUGCGAUGGUGAGGAUGAUUGCUUGGAUCGCAGCGAUGAAGAGGGCUGUGAGAAAACUGAGACUCCUCCGUGUGCUCCUGAUCAGUUCCAGUGUGGGAAUGGAAGGUGUAUCGGUCAGAGGAAGGUGUGUAAUGAAGUCAACGACUGCGGAGACGGGACUGACGAACACCCACACCAUGACUGCCGUCCACGCUCCAGCAAGGGCAACUGUAACCAGAAUAAUGGUGGCUGCUCCCAGAAGUGUCAGAUGGUCAGAGGACUGGUCCAGUGCACCUGUCACACUGGAUACCGACUGAUGGACGACAGCAAAACAUGCCAGGAUGUGGAUGAGUGUGCAGAAGAAGGCUAUUGCAGCCAGGGCUGUACCAACACAGAGGGAGGGUUCCAGUGCUGGUGCGUUCAGGGCUACGAGCUUCGACCCGACAAGCGCAGCUGCAAAGCUCUGGGUCCAGAGCCAGUUUUGCUGUUUGCCAACCGUAUCGACAUCCGUCAGGUUUUGCCGCAUCGCUCCGAGUACACAUUGCUGCUCAACAACCUGGAGAAUGCCAUUGCCCUGGACUUCCACCACAGCCGCGAGCUGGUCUUCUGGUCAGAUGUGACACUGGACCGCAUCAUGAAGGCCAACCUCAAUGGUUCCAAUGUAGAGGAGGUCAUCUCCACCGGUCUUGAGAGCCCAGGUGGACUGGCCAUAGACUGGAUCCAUGACAAGUUGUACUGGACAGACUCUGGGACAUCCCGUAUAGAGGUGGCCAAUCUGCAUGGGACACAUCGCAAGGUGUUGUUGUGGCAGAACAUGGAGAAGCCGCGAGCCAUUGCGCUGCACCCCAUAGAAGGUAAGAUCUACUGGACAGACUGGGGAAACACACCUCGCAUCGAGUAUGCAAAUAUGGAUGGCUCCAACCGGCGGGUCAUUGCAGACACACACCUCUUUUGGCCUAAUGGCCUCACUAUCGACUACGCUGGCCGCCGCAUGUACUGGGUGGAUGCAAAGCACCAUGUCAUUGAGAGGGCUGACCUGGACGGACGCAACCGCAAGGCCGUUAUCAGCCAAGGCCUGCCCCACCCCUUUGCCAUCACAGUGUUUGAGGAUAGCCUGUACUGGACUGACUGGCACACCAAGAGUAUCAAUAGCGCCAACAAAUUCACUGGCAAGAACCAGGAGAUUAUCCGCAACAAGCUGCACUUCCCCAUGGACAUCCACACCCUGCACCCCCAGAGGCAGCCUGCAGGUGGCAGGAACCGCUGUGGCACCAACAAUGGAGGCUGCAGCCAUCUGUGUCUCCCCAGCAAUAAGACGUAUACCUGUGCAUGUCCCACCGGUUUCAAGAAGGUGGACAACUACAACUGUGCCAAUAGUCUUGACAAGUUCCUGCUUUUUGCCCGAAGGACGGACAUCCGACGAAUCAGCUUCGAUACAGAGGACAUGUCUGAUUAUGUCAUCCCUCUGGCUGACGUGCGCAAUGCUGUGGCGCUGGACUGGGACGCUAAAGGCGGGUACAUCUACUGGACAGAUGUCACCACAGACUCUAUCAACAGAGCGCUGUGGAACGGCACCAAGCAGGAGGUGGUGGUGGACACUAGUCUGGAGAGCCCAGCAGGCCUGGCAAUCGACUGGGUGACCAACAAGCUCUACUGGACUGAUGCUGGUACAGAUCGUAUUGAAGUUUCAAAUGCAGAUGGGAGCAUGCGGACUGUACUGAUAUGGGAGAACCUGGACCGACCCAGGGACAUUGUUGUCGAUCCGAUUGGAGGUUUCAUGUACUGGACUGACUGGGGUGCCAAUCCCAAGAUUGAGCGUGCGGGAAUGGAUGCAUCCAGUCGCAUCGUCAUCAUCUCAUCCAAUCUGACGUGGCCCAACGGGCUAGCCAUUGACUACGAGACCAAACGACUAUACUGGGCUGACGCCGGCAUGAAGACUAUUGAAUUUGGCAACUUUGAUGGUUCUGACCGACAGGUUUUGAUUGGUAGCCAGCUGCCUCACCCCUUUGGCCUGACUGUACACGAGGACAAGCUGUACUGGACCGACUGGCAGUCCAAGAACAUCCAGAGCGCUGAUAAGCUCACAGGCUUGGGACGGCACACACUGGCCGAAAACCUGGAGAACCUCAUGGACAUUCACAUGUUCCACCGACACCGUGAGACAGCACAUAACCCAUGUGCGGUGAAGAAUGGAGGCUGCAGCCAUCUCUGUCUACUGGCUCCUGCUCCCAAAGCCUCCAGCUGUGCCUGUCCCACUGGGAUCAACCUGCAGACAGAUGGAAAGACCUGCAUGCCUGGGAUGAACAGCUUUCUGAUCUUUGCACGGAGGACAGACAUUAGGAUGGUUUCUCUAGAUAUCCCCUACUUUGCUGAUGUGGUUCUGGCUGUUAAUAGCUCCAUGAAAAACACCAUUGCCAUCGGGGUCGACCCCAAAGAAGGAAAAGUUUAUUGGUCUGACAGUACACUGAAGAAAAUCAGCAGAGCCAACAUCAACGGAAUAGCACAUGAAGACAUCAUAUCUACAGGGUUGAUGACAACUGAUGGUCUAGCAGUGGACGCUGUAGGGAGAAAGGUCUACUGGACAGACACAGGAACCAACCGCAUUGAGGUUGCCAACCUGGAUGGCUCCAUGAGGAAAGUUCUUGUUUGGCAAAGCCUGGACAGCCCUCGAGCCAUCGCUCUCUACCAUGAGAUGGGUUUUAUGUACUGGACAGACUGGGGAGAGCACGCUAAGUUGGAGCGUUCAGCAAUGGAUGGAUCAGACCGUGUGGUCCUCAUCAGCAACAACUUGGGUUGGCCCAACGGCUUGGCCAUCGACAUGGCCGGCUCCCAGUUGCUCUGGGCUGAUGCUCACACUGAGCGUAUUGAGGCAGCUGACCUGAAUGGGCAGAAUCGCCGCACACUUGUGACUCCAGUCCAGCACCCAUAUGGUUUAACCCUGCUGGGACCCCACAUUUACUGGACUGACUGGCAGAGCCGCAGUAUCCAGCGUGCUGACAAGAACACUGGAGCCAACACCAUCACGGUGCGAGCCAACCUGCCUGGCCUGAUGGAUAUCCAGGCUGUGGACAGGGAAAAACCACUGGGAUUUAAUAAGUGUGGCAGGAGGAACGGGGGCUGCACCCACCUGUGCCUGCCUCGUCCCAAUGGCACAUCUUGCGCCUGUCCCACAGGCAUCUUGCUCAAAGGAGACAGCAGAUCUUGUGAUGACUCUCCAGAGACAUACUUGCUCUUCUCCAACCGUGUCAGUGUGCGUAGAAUCUCCCUGGACACCAACGACCACACCGACGUCCACGUACCAGUGCCCGAGCUACACAAUGUCAUCUCACUCGACUACGACAGUGUAGACGGAAAACUUUACUACACAGAUGUCACCCUGGAUGUUAUAAGGCGUGCAAACCUGGAUGGCAGCGGCAUGGAGACAGUGAUCAGUCAGGGUUUGAAGACCACAGACGGGCUGGCUGUAGAUUGGGUGGCAAGGAACAUGUAUUGGACCGACACGGGGCGCAACACCAUCGAGGUGGCCCGGCUGGACGGUACAAGCCGUAAGGUUCUUGUCAACAACAGUUUGGAUGAACCCAGAGCCAUCGCAGUGUUCCCAAGCAAAGGGUUCCUGUUCUGGACUGACUGGGGUCACAUUGCAAAGAUUGAGCGAUCACACCUGGAUGGCUCGGACCGAAAAGUCCUGAUCAACACUGACCUGGGCUGGCCUAAUGGUCUCACACUAGACUACGACACACGAAGGAUCUUCUGGGUGGACGCCCACUUGGAUAGGAUCGAGAGUUCGGACCUAAACGGAAAGCUGCGUCAGGUCCUUGUCAGCCCAGUGUCACAUCCAUUCGCCCUUACACAGUUGAAGCCGGGGUCCUCCCCUCUAAUCCCUUUCUCCCGACUCUCGCAGCAAGACCGCUGGAUCUACUGGACAGACUGGCAGACUAAGUCCAUUCAGCGGGUGGACAAGCACACGGGGCGUAACAAGGAAACUGUUCUGGCAAACGUGGAGGGCCUCAUGGACAUUAUAGUGGUAUCACCUCAUAGACAGACAGGUACCAACCUCUGUGGAGUAAAUAAUGGCGGCUGCACUCACCUCUGCUUUGCAAAGAUCAACAGUUUUGUGUGUGCCUGCCCUGAUGAGCCAGAUGGGCGACCCUGCUCCACCAUUUCAGGUUACAUCCCCACCUCUGCUGCCCGGGGAACCAGCAGCACACCUGUCCCCAACAAGAUCCCCAAAGCUCCAACAGACAUGCCACACAGGGGACCCUCACAUGUAAACUGCACUGACAAGAACGUAAAUGUAGAAGGCUGCUCGAGCAAUGUGGUGACAGCUCCACACGGAGAAGGACUUCAUAUCAGCUAUGUGAUUGGCGGGGUUCUGACCAUCCUGGCUAUCCUGAUUCUCAUUGCUGCCUUCAUUAUUUACAGACAUAAAAAGUCAAAGUUUGCUGACCCAGGAAUGAGCAACCUGACCUACAGUAACCCCUCAUACCGGACAUCCACACAGGAGGUCAAAAUCGAGGCGUCACAGAAACCUCCAAUAUAUAACCAGCUGCGAUAUAAGAAAGAGGGGGUUGUGGAUGGAGGCUACAAGGAGAAGAUCCGUAUCGUGGAGGGUGUGUGUCUCCUGUCCAAUGACGAGCUUUACUGGGAUGACCUAAAACAGAUCAAGCCAUCCCGAGGUGGCUUACACACCUGCAUGCGUACAGACACAGUGUCCCUGCAGGCCAGCAGCGCUUCACUAGACGAUGGCGAGACGGAGCAGCUUCUCCAGGAGGAGGCGUCUGAAUGCUCUUCCAUAACCACUCUGACUCCUUCAGCCAUCACCCCACAGCGUCAUGUCCAGCACAGCCUGCCUGACACCAGCUGGCCCACCACACGCAAGCCCUCCACUGAGAGCGAAGUGUGAGGGAGGCCCCCCUGCCCCCAGUGCUUUAUCUCAACCUCCAUUACCUAAAACACACACACACACACCAGCCUGGUACAAACACACAAAGAUAAACAGGUACUGUACAGUUAGCAGUUGCAUCUGUAGAGUAACACUACAUAUGAAUCUGGUUAGACACAACUUAGCUCCUAUAAACACAAGUUACAGUAUAUCUCUGAAACUGGGGCUCCAUCCUACACACAGGCAUACACAAACAGUACAGUCCAGUAUCUUCAGUGCAGCUGCCUUUAGGCAAAAUGAUAAACUAAUGAGCAUGCUGGAAUAAGAAAGCAAAGAACUCUGGGGAGGAAGUGAACAGAGAGACACAAGCAUUAUGUGGAGCCUUUCACAGGAUGCAGACUCUGUGUGACAAACGCUUCUCUCUGUGCAGCUUCACCUUUAUUAAUAUUAUUUGUAUUUUUUGCGAACUUACUCUAUGGACAAAAUAACCACAAUACGCUAUCUAAUGCCACUCAUGUCUUUAUAAACUCUAUUUAUGAAUUUGUACUUAUAGAGUGGGUUUGCUGACUUUCAGAGAAAGGCAAGUGUCAGGUUAGAACUUUGUGCUGCAGGACUGGGCAUUCAAGAGUUGUAUUUAUGACAGUGCCAAAGGGUGGGGCUUCAGAGUCUCCAUGCUUCUUUUAGCAUUUACACUUCAUUAGAAAUGUAUCUUAAUUAUGGAUUGUUUGUUCUGGUUGACUUUACUGAUUUGCCCUCACCUCAGUGAUGACACCUGCUUCUGAUUUCUUCUUUUAUAGCUUCCAGCAGGUCAGUCAAGAGUUCACUAUAGCUGGUACUCUCCUUUGGUUGCAUGAGUGCAUUCAUCCUCCACAAAAGUAACCUAAAAGGAGGCUUUUGUUUGUGUGCGUGUGUGUGUGUGUGUGUGUGUGUGUGUGUGUGUGUGUGUGCGUGUGCGUGUGUAGGUUUUUAAGUUGUAAACUAACCAUUGCUGAUUCUUGGGCAGAGCAGAGGAAGCUGUGAUAAAGUAACAGCCUAAGUGCCAAACAUUUCUUUCUUUCUUUUUUUAGCGGUAUAUUUAUUUUUCUCAGAGGUUUUAAAAUAUACAUGUCGCUCUUUUAACUCGGGUUUGGUCACCCAAAUCACAGAAAAACGCAUAUUCUCAUUUAACACUACUGUUAUUCAGCCCUGCAGAUAGUUGUGGUUUUACAAAGCCAAUGUGAGACUUAUUCUGCCAAAACGUACUGGGGUUUCCUUUGGAACUCCUGCCUCGGUCUCACUGAACGUUUUUUUUAAUUGGUCUUUCUAAAAUAUAUAUACACACACACACAUAUAUAUACAGUGAAACAUGAUCUUGCCCUCCUCUCUGGUGGGUGUUGAAAAGCAUUCUGGGAAUUGUAGGAGGUCAGCAACUGUGGAGGGAAAGCUAAAUUUUAAUAUUCAUUCAUUCAUUCAUUUUCUACCGCUUAGUCCCUGAACGGGGUCACGGGUGGGGCCAGAGCCAAUCCCGGCCGGCAAUCGGGCGAAGGCGGGGUACAUUUUAAUAUUUGUGAUGUUAAAAUAGUUUGAGCAAGAAAUCAUCCAUGACAGCACUUAUUAUUACAAUUUGGAACUCUGAUUUUUUUUUUUUUUUUUAGAUCCGCAACAAUUCAUUUUAAGUGCUACCAAAAGCCCAUAACUUUGAAUUGUCCUUAAAAAAAAAUUCUGCACAGGAGGGUGUGUUGCAAGUAUUCGUCACCAGUGUUCCCUUAUCCGUGAUAAACACCACAUUCUCAUUCAGCUUUUUAGCUGUAAUCUCAGCUGUCUAAAAUGUAUAAGCUCUUCAGUUCUUGCUGUCCAUUCUUAUAGCUCAUAACUUUGAUCCACAAUGGUCUUAUGCUUGUAGGUUUUUAGAUGUGUCACUCCAAAUGUUAUUAUGAUUUUGAACUAGAGUUUUUUUGUUUCUAGAACAUAAUCACAGAUGUUCCAGUCUCACUUUGGCUCUCUGUUAAAGUUACAUAGUUGUGAAUUUCAGAGGCGGCUAUAUCAAGAAACUUGGCACAAAUAUUUGUGUGGCCAAACACGAUUAGUGAUAAAUGAGAACCUGCUGUUCUUUUUGUAAUUUGAGUUUUUAGUAAUACAAAUGUGCACUUGCAGUAUCUGCCACAGUACAGUAUAACAAAAGGGUAACUUUGGAACACUGUGCAUGUCUGAUCCCAUCAGACAGUGAGGGUUAUAGUUUAUAAAAAUAUCACUGACAACUUUCUGAAAAAUGAAUUUAAUACAAGUAAUGGUGUUAUGCAUCGCUUUAACGUAAAGUACCGUUCUAUCUAUUGUUGAAAUAUGGUACAAGGACAUACUAUAUUGUUAUACUGACAUAUAUCCGUUAGGCUUCAUAGAACCUUGUAUUUUAAAGUAUCUGCUACUAGUUCAGCAACUUGCUGAUUUGCUGCUAGAUGAAGCACUGAGGCUGAUGAAAGAGGGUCUUGGCAGCUACAUAACUAUGGUUUCUGAGGGUUGGUUGUCAGUAGGCUGACAGAGAAUCACAGCAGCCCAGUAACCAAGUAUCCCGCCUCACAGUCCCACCAUCUUUGCUGCAUGAAUUCACAAACUGUACAUAUUUUAUCAUGCAGACAUAAGCAAACAUUUCUGUUGAAGAUAUUGCAUUGAUUAAGUUGUAUAUUAUUUUGUACAAAUGGAUUUUAUGAGCGUUUUUAGACGUGUUACUUUUACUCACUGGAGAAGAACAUUUUUGUUUAUUUGUUUUUGCUGGAUUAUUUUAACCACUGUGUUUCCAAGCUUUGUAAAUGAUAGGAAAGAUGCCAGUUAUUUAAUAGUGCUCUUUUUUCUUAUGAAAUACUGUUUGCAUAUAGCUGUUGUAAAGUUAACAAAAAGAGAUAUUUAUGAUUUCUGUUUGGUUGUCACUUGAUGUGUAAAUAUGAAAAGACUGUAUAUGUAUUUCAGUGGCAGUACUAACAUGUGUUGUGUGAUAUAGUGAAUUAUCACUUUGCUAUCUUUUAAUAUAAAAUUGCAUUUGCAUUUCAAUGAAA